AUGACAUGUCCAAAAUGUGGUUCAAAAGCAUGCUUUACUCAUGAUGUACCAUGGCAUGAAGGUUUGACCUGUUCUGAAUAUGAUCAAAGGAAAAACAAUGAACAAGAAGUUGCCACACAUAACUAUUUGUUAAAAGAAACAAAACCCUGUCCGAAUUGUGGUGUUCAUAUCGUAAAGAAUGGUGGAUGUGAUCAUAUGACUUGUAAAAUGCCAGAAUGUAAAUAUGAAUUUUGUUGGAUAUGUUUAGCUGAUUAUAAUAGAAUUCAAAUUAGAGUACAAAAUCCACUAACCCAUGGUUAUGGUCGUAAAAUGUUUACGGAUUACGAGAUUAUUUGUUGGACGAAUAUUCCAACUUUUCGACUAAGACGAUCAUCCGUUAGAAGAAGAUACAGUGAUUUUGAAUGGUUUUAUAAAGCCCUUAAAAAGAGAUCAUCCGGUGUGAAUAUUCCUCCUUUAUCUGGAAAGGUAUUCUUCAAUCGUUUUUCAGAAAGAGUCAUUGAAGUUCGUAGAGAGGGAUUUGAAAGAUUUUUACAGGCUGUUGCCGAACAUCCUCUUUUACAAACUGAAAGUCAAAUCAUAUCAGCUUUUAUUCAAGAUUCUAAUUUCAAUCGUAACUAUAAUUACGGUCAAAAUUAA